GGAAAGCCGGGGCUGGUCUAUAGAACCUUAUAAAAGCUAAAGUCACUCCCACAGCGCCUUCUGGUGUAAGUGACAGGAUUUGGACCCACUGAGGCCCUGUUGGAAGAGACCUAUUUACUGCCUUAAUCGAAUUCACUUGAGACACCAUGAGUAAAGAGGCUGAUAUGAAGGAGGUGGAGCUGAAUGAGCCGGAGCAGGAGAAGCAGUCAAUGAACAUAGACACAGAGAAGAAUGGCUGUGUGAAACUGAAGGUGCCGGAGGAAAAAGAGGUCAAAUUUACCGGUCUCACUAAAGAAGAGCUGAUGAGGGUAGCAGGCACAACAGGCUGGGUGAGGACUCGCUGGCUCUUGUUGGUUCUUUUCUGGCUUGGCUGGAUUGGAAUGCUGGCUGGGGCAGUGGUGAUCAUUGUUCAGGCUCCACGGUGUAAACCUAUUCCUGAAAUGCACUGGUGGGAUGAGGGUCUGCUCUACAAGAUAGCUGAUGUGAAAGGCUACUCUGACAACAUUAAAGGAUUAGAAAGCAAACUGGAUAGCCUUAACCAGCUGAAGGUGAAAGGUUUAAUCCUGGGCCCAAUACACAAUGUCCAAGCAGACCAGCUGAGUACUCUGCAAUUGGAUGACAUUGAUCCCACCGUGGGUGAACAGAAAGACCUGGAGAGCUUGCUAGAAAGAGCCCACAAGAAAAGUAUGUCUAUAGUGCUGGAUCUGACACCCAACUAUAAGGGGGUUAACGCUUGGUUCAGCAAUCCUAAUGCUGUCACUGAAACACUUAAGCUUGCAUGUGAAUACUGGCUAAAGAAAGGAGUGGACGGCUUUUUCCUAUCCGAUAUGAGCCAGAUUGUAAAUGCUCCUAACUGGCAGUCUGUGAUUGAUGUUGUUCAUUCCAACGCCACCGAUGAGACUAAAAAGAGAGCUCUGAUAGGUGAAGACACCACACUGUCUGUAGACAAUGUACAUCCUCUUGUGAAGCCCUCUGGAGUUGAUCUGUUGCUGUACACGUUGCCAGAUGCUCCGGCUGGGGUGCAGCUGGCCAUAAACAAACUCUAUUCCAGCAACUCUAGCUUUGCCUUUAGUCUAAGUAAACACACUUCAAAUUUGCCCGCACGCCUCUACCAUAUGCUGCUCUUCACCCUGCCUGGCACCCCAGUGUUCAAUGGAGGGGAUGAGGUGGGAUUGCGAGACUGGGAAUCCCUUAGUGGAAUUUGGGACUUGGAAAACUCAGCUGAAGAAAACAAUGAAACAGCAAAGACUGUAAGAGCAGAACGCAGUGCAGUGCGAAGCUUCUUUAAAACUCUCAGUGACUUACGCGCUAAAGAAAGAGCUCUGCUGCAUGGUGAAUAUACAUCUCUAUACAACUCCACAUCCUCAUUUGCAUUCCUCCGUCUGUGGGAUCAGAGUGAACGCUUCAUUACAGCCUUAAACUGGGGCGAUUCUCCUGCCACAAUGAAGUUGACCAACAGCGAUCUUCCUGCCGAGGCCCGGGUCCGUCUCAGUACAGACACAGAGAAGCUAGCCGUGGACCACAUGGUGCCUUUGGAUAACCUGCAGCUAGGGGCCAAACAAGCAGUUUUGUUGUCCUACCCUUAUGCAGGAUAGAAAUGUUAUAAUAAAAAAACACACACACAACAAUAAUAGAAGGCCCCUUUUCAGAAUAGAAAGCUAGUGUUAAACAAACUAUUUCUUCUCAUUGCCAUGCUUCUUUUAGUUUUAGAAUAUUAAAGAAAGCAGUGUUGAGUUUAGAAAUUAGUUUCCUAAAAAUAAGUUUUGUGUUCUAAUAUUUAAGUAGUAUUUUUACAGCUUAAUAGGACACUCUAGCUUUGUGUGUGUGUGUGUGUGUGUGUGUGUGUGAGGGCCACCAUGUACAAAAUAAAUGCAAAAAGAAAAAAAUG